AUGGAUCGUAUUAAAGCCUUCUUCGCACCGGCCAAGGCCAGCGCCGCUGAGUACGAGCCGUUGGCAGACGACGAAUCGGGGACGCUUGCAGGGUCAACAUACGAAGAGGGUGCGCCGUUCUCAUGGAUCGAGUACUCCAUCUUCGCCCUGAUCGGGGUCGCAAUGCUCUGGGCUUGGAACAUGUUCCUCGCUGCCGCCCCUUACUUCCAAACUCGCUUCCAGUCCGACCCCUGGAUUUUGGAUAAUUCGCAGUCGGCUAUCCUCACCACAUUCACCGUCGUCAGCCUGGUCACGAUGCUGAUCUUGACCAACAUCCAAGCCUCGGCGAACUACCCCUUCCGGAUCAGCACGGCCUUGCUUAUCAGUGCCGCCGUGUUCAUUCUGCUGACGGUCUCCACCUCUGUCUUCGUCGACGCCUCUCCCCGUGCAUAUUUCGCCUUUGUUCUGCUCAUGGUCGCCCUAACGGCCUGGGCAGCCGGACUGAUGCAGAACGGCGCCUUCUCCUUCGCAGCCAGCUUCGGCCGCCCAGAGUACACACAAGCCAUCAUGGCCGGGCAGGGCGUAGCAGGCAUCCUCCCGCCACUCACCCAGAUGCUCUCCUUCCUCGCCUUCUCCGACUCCUCUCCGGGAUUGCCUCCACGUGCACAGAAGAGCCGCGAAUCUCCCUCCUUACCAACAGCCCCGACCAACAAAGACGGCAACGCUGCAUUCAUCUACUUCCUCACAGCCGUCCUGAUCUCCCUAGGCACCGUGCUGGCUUUCAUCCCCCUCGUGCGCCGACACUCCCACGUCUCGCGCCGUGUCUCAGCUUCCUCCCCACAACAGCAGGAGGGACAACGCCGCUACGUCCCCCUGUCCACCCUCCUUCGCAAGCUCCGCUGGCUCGCCGGCUCCGUGUUCGUCUGCUUCGUCAUAGCCAUGUUCUACCCGGUCUUCACCGCCAAGAUCCUCUCCGUCAACUCUUCCCCCUCAUCGGGCGGAAAGAUCUUCACCCCCGGCGCCUUCAUCCCGCUCGCCUUCUUCUUCUGGAACCUGGGCGACCUGCUCGGCCGCGUCUCGACCAUGCUGCCCGCCGUCUCGCUGCGCCACCGGCCCCGGACGCUGUUCGCCAUCAGCCUGGCGCGCUGCGGCUUCUUGCCGCUGUACCUGCUGUGUAACCUGCACGGAAAAGGAGCGGUCGUGGAGAGUGACUUGUUCUAUCUGCUGCUGGUGCAGUUCCCGUUCGGGCUCACGAACGGCUGGCUCGGGUCGAGUUCGAUGAUGGCCGCUGGGGAGUGGGUGGACGAGGAAGAGAGGGAGGCCGCCGGCGGGUUUAUGGGCUUGUGCCUCAUUGCUGGGCUGGCGGCGGGGAGCGUGUUGAGUUUUAGUGCCGCCGGAAUUUAG